AUUUUCACCUCUUAAAUGGCCGCAAAUUUGGCUUUAAAAACUUCAACACAACCUUCUUAUUUUUACCUUUUCAAAUCUCCAACAAUAAUAAUGCCUCCAGUUGGAAUUAUGCGUCGGUUAGUUUAUAGUCCCUCUUCCCGUUUGUUCUACAAACAAGUUUUUGAGAAAAAUUUUACAAGAGAAAAGUUUUUUAAUGGAGCUAUUAUGGUUUGUUUUUUAUUUUUUUUUGGGGAUGGUCUCGUUUAUUCCUUCCUCUUUUUUCCUUCUAUUUGGAAAUAA